UUGCUCGUUGAGUGCGGAUUGUAAACACACGGGCAAUGGCUGCUGAGAGGGGCGGAGGCGACAACAACAUUAACGACGAAAUGGGGAACCAGCUUCAACUCCUGCCAGAAAAUGAAGAGGGAGAAGAGGAUGGCAUGGAAACAGAUGAUCGAGAUGGUGAGGCUGCAGAAAAGCCAAGUGUUAUAAACUUUGACACGAGUCUGCCAACAUCACAUGCUUAUCUAGGCUCAGACAUGGAGGAGUUUCACGGCCGCACUCUGCAUGAUGAAGACAGUGUGCAGAAUCUGCCCGUUCUUCCCCAUGUUGCUCUUAUACUGAUCCCAGGUCAGACUCUGCCUUUGCAACUUUUCCGGCCACAGGAGGUCAGCAUGUUCCGUACACUCAUAAGCCAUGAUCGCACAUUUGCAGUACUUGCACACAGUCCUGAUGCGAGUGGAGUAGAGAUAAAGGCAGAAUUUGGGACAACUGCAGAGAUUUAUGCAUUUCGCGAGGAACAGGAGUACGGCAUAGAGACAGUAAAGAUCAAAGCCGUUGGACGGCAACGCUUCAGAGUGCACGAUAUACGAACACAAGCAGAUGGGAUUCGUCAGGCAAAAGUACAAAUUUUAACUGAGAGGAUUCUGCCAGACCCUUUAUGUGGACUGCAUUUCCUGCAACGCUUGCACACACACAUGCCACAGACAAGACAAUCACAAACAACACCACAACAGGUCAGGUGCAGCCAGACCUAUAGACAGAAGAAGCUCCAUUGUGCUAGUAUGACCACAUGGCCUCCCUGGGUGUAUGCCCUUUAUGACUCGAACACUCUUAUGAGCAGAGUAAAGAAACAACUCCACGAAUGGGAUGAAAACCUCAAAGAUGAGUCUCUGCCUACAAAUCCCACAGAUUUCUCAUACAGGGUGGCUGCAUGUCUGCCAAUAGAUGAUGCUUUAAGAUUGCAGCUACUGAAGAUCAGUAGUGCCAUUCAGAGACUUCGCUGUGAGUUGGACAUCAUGGACAGGUGCACCUCUCUGUGCUGCAAACAGUGUCAGGAUACAGAGAUAACCAGCAAGAAUGAGAUCUUUAGUCUGUCUCUGUAUGGGCCAAUGGCAGCAUAUGUGAAUCCACAUGGAUAUGUUCAUGAGACACUUACGGUCUACAAAGCCAACAAUCUCAACCUGAUCGGACGACCUUCCACACUGCAUAGUUGGUUUCCAGGGUAUGCAUGGACAAUUGCUCAGUGCAGAACCUGUGGUUCUCAUAUGGGCUGGAAGUUCUCUGCGGUAAAGAAGGAUCUUAGUCCGCCUCGUUUCUGGGGGUUGACUCGUUCUGCCCUGUUACCAACAAUCCCUCAAGGCGACAAGGGUGUUGAGGGGUCACGCUUGCUGUGUCUGUGACCUUUUAACUGUACUGCCCACAAGCACAAAUAUAUAUGCUCCCAUAGGAGUUUGUUCUAUCAUCCCCAAAAACAUGCAACUCCAAAACCUCCCCCAGAGAGCGAGCGAGCGAGCAAGUGUGAUUUAUAUGUGCAGAUGUAUGCAUGAAAAGGGAGAGGAGGGAAAAGGAGACAGGGAAGCAUAAUACACUGGAAGAGAAGGAAUUACAGUACUCAAGUUGUUGCCUUCCCACACUAUGUGCGGUGUAAAUUACAGCCUGAUACGUGCAAUAUCAUACGAGGUGAGCUGUUUAUGAAAAGAUGGUCUGUUAUAAUGUACUUAAGUACAGUCUGAGCACAUUUCCUCUCAUUGCCACUGCCUAGAACAGUUAUUGCUGCUCUUUGAGCAUCUAGCGGACUAGACAUUAUACAAUGAAAUGAAAUGAAAUAAUGUGUCCACAAAUAUAAUUUGAGUCUUUGCAUGCACACUUUUAGUGGCAUGAUUAACAGUCUGAACUUGUUGAAUUCCUCAAACCAUCAAAUGCCCUCUGUAGUUCCUGCAAAACCAUUUACAAAAUUGAAACUGCUUGAAUUAAGUCAUUCCCCAGAUGUGAUGGGUCAUCUGUUGGUGCAGACUUCUCACAAUAACUACCUGCCAGAAUUGACCAGUGAAUAAUAAAGUAUCAGGGAGUUACCCUUUAUGUUGUAAAGGGUUAUGAAGACUCAAUAUCAGAGUAAUUCUCAAACUGUAUUUUGCAAUUCUCUAUUUCUGUAUUGCUUCCCCCCCCCCCCACAGACCAUUUAAUUGGAUAAUAUGAUGUACAGUAUUUGUGUGUUCAAACAUAUGUUAGGAUGUGUGUAUCAAGGUAGGGGUUGGUGUGUCGACAAGCUGCACUCUGCAUUGAGAAACGUCCUUAAAAAUAUAAACCUCUUUCCUCAUGUUCAUUAAACAGGAUGCUAAAUACACACUUUAUGCCAUAAAUACAUUCUGCAUACACAAAUACAUUUUCCAGUAGUUAAUUACAUAGCUGUUGUAUGUAAGGCUAAGAAAACAAACAUCCUUAAACACUGACUUGCUUAUCUGUAAUGCUACUGUUCAAGAGACUGAUACUGCUGAGUACUGUUACAUUCUCGCCAAUAAAUCAAAUCUGAAA